AUGAAAACAAAUGGCUGCGUAUCUUCAAGUCCUCUUACAAAUUGUGGCCCAAAAUUUGCGGCCAAAGAACCUGUUCAACUUUUUGGAGCUUCCCUUUGGAUAGCCAAUAUUGAAUAUUCCCCUGAAGUUUCUCUUACCUCGAAUACAUCAUCACGAGCUUACAACACCGAAUCAAACUCCCAAUUGCUAGGGUCCACCAUUGCACAUAACUUGUCUAAAUCAAACAUCAAUGAAGGCUCAGUCAAACCUCAAAACUCCAUCAUUUCCGCCAAUACUUCCAGGACAGUUAAGACGAGCAAGGUGAUCUCCAGUUCUAGUAACUCGACAGACUGCCUUUGUGAUCAAGAAGGCAAUUCAUUGAUCAAUGGAACCCAUACAAAUUACUCCAACGUGAGGGUACCCAGUCUAAAGACAAAUGAUGUAACAGGAUUCUCACGCAUUCCUCUUGACCUUCUUCAUCCCGACAAUUCCGUCAAGAAGAGUCAGACUUUACAGGAUAGCUCGAAAACCGCGAAGACAGACGAUAUCGCCAGAUUCUCACGCAUUCCUCUCGACCUUCUUUAUCCCGGCGGGACUGUUGAGAAGAAUCAACCUCUACAGGAUAACACGCAGAAUGCAUUGAUGGGAUCAGAAAAUGUAGGCUACAAUGCAACUGAUCACCUUCACGCUCAAACCAUUGAUGAAUCAGAUGAUAAUAAUCAACCUUUACUUUCUCAGAUCUCUUCUACACGGACGUCAAAGACUACAGGGGCAAUCCAAUCACAGACAUUGAAAACUAUGGACGGAGGCCAGAACACCCCGGUGACCAAUGACAAAAAUCUAUCUGCAUCUAGUAAUCUUUCAAGCCCCUUGUCUGAUAGUCCAUCCAAGGACGUUGACCCCCAGGUUGUGGAGUCUGUGGAUACUGAUACAUCAACCAACAAAUUAGAUUCGAUCAAAGAAAUUUCACCCGAUCUUGUGAACAACACACGCCUUGUCAUCUAUGAAGAAGACGACGACGGAGAAGACGAGAAAAAUGAACACAAGAAACCCUAUGAGACUAGUUCCGCUGCAGAGAAAGUAUCAGACACAGACAAGCUAAGUAUGGAGAACUCUGUAAACGAAGUGCUUGCAGCACUCAACAUGUCUCAGAUGGGUAUCUCGACCAAGUCUCACGAUCGGCCAUUAUUUCUUGGCUUAGAGAAAAAUGGUGAAAUUCAACCAAUCAAAUCACUCAAUGUCUCGGUUUCUUCAGAUGAUGAACCUGAUCAUUCGGAGAAGGAGAAAGAGAAACCCAGCCAGUCACAAUCACCAAACAUUACAAACGCUACAGUCGAUGGAUCAAACACGAAUCAAGACUCACAAUCCUCCUCCAUCAACAGUACGAUCACAUCGAACUCUACUUCGGGGAACAGCGCAUAUCAACCUUCAAGUUCUAUUGGUGAUAACACUGUCGGGGAUCAUGGAUCAGAUGAGCACAAAGAUACGCAAACCGAGAACGCGUCAAGUAACUCAAACGCGUCGGUGAAUGUCACUCAGGUGCAGGGCGCUACAGAGGCUUCCAAAAGUGAGAAUGUAAAUGAGAGUAGCGAUAAUCAGGGCAAAGUAGAAGAAUCAAAUCAGUACUCCGAUUCGCCAAAGCCCCCUUCCGAGUCAGAAAACAAAGACAGCAUUUCAAGCUCGAUUGAUUCGGUGUCUGCAACUCCAGCGAGCACUUUGAUUCGGCGUCAGAUAUCACCAUCAUUGAUUUCAUCCGAUGCAUCAAACCCAGCUAUGGGACUCGAUUCAUCAUCUCCGCAACCACUCCAAGCGCUUAACCCUGAGCCUUAUCCAGAGCUUAUCUCACCACCUAUUCACUCUUAUUCAAAAGGUAUUUGUGGAGAGUACGAUGGCGAAGCCGAUUACGCCGUGUGCUUGUGGAGUGGAUCUGAUGAAACGGGAGCUGAUGCAUCAAAAAGCGGAUGGUUGAACACCGCAAUAACUGGAAACUGUGGAAAAAGAAUAAAAGUAGCGCGACCUGGGUCUCCAUUUAUCAUUGCAAGACUGAUGGAUGGUUGUAGUUUUGAAAUAAAAGAUCCAAGUAUAGCUUGUAACCAGAUAUUUCUAUCAAAACAGGUUUUCUUGUCAAUGAAGCCAACACGGAAAGAGCUCAUAACAGGGACUCUGGAGGGUGGUGUAAUUUGGGAUUUCUUGACAAGUUCAGAUCAAAAUAGUGUGCCAGUGUAG